AUGAGCGACGACAAAGCAUCCGUCUUAACGGGGUUCAAUUCUCAAGACGUUGCGCCAAAAGAUUCGGGCAAGAUAUUUGGCAAGCUUAUCGAAACAUCGAGAAAUUUGCCCACAACUUCUUCGGAACUGGGUACCAUCCUGCUCAGUGUAAACGAGAUUAAGAAGCGCGCUCAUGAGCUGAGACAGAAAUCAAAACCUUUACAAGACCACACUAGAGCCCAUUACCUACUGGCUGGUAGUGGGCUCGCCAUUCAGGAUGUUGAAACCUCUCUGAGGGCACUCAAGUCGCGGAAGUUGAUGGAGCAAAACGUUGUCAGUAUGGAAACUGACAACGAUCUGGACACAUAUCUAAGAAACAAGAAAGAUGAGAACAUUUUAUCUUCAAUUGAACGAUCGCUUGCUUCUGCCGCCAAAGAUUUUGACAAUUUUGUCAACCAAAAUUUCAAUCUCGACUGGGAGCAGCGUAAGGAAGAAGUGAGAGAGAAUUUUGGUAUUUUGGUGAAAAGAAGAAAAGGCGAUUACAAAGCCACUAUGGAAGGGAUUGAUGGGCCUUCCAUUACGUGGGGUGAAAACGGCCGUGCAAUUUUGGAUGGGGACUCAAGGCUAAACGUCAACGAAAACUUCGCGACUCGAAAGAAGUUUGAGCAAUACGCUAAAACAAUUAAUGCGUUCAAUAAUGCAAAGCAAAGUGACACUGAAUUUUCGCUUACUGGUGGGAUAAUUGAAACCCUCACUAAUUCUACGGAGUCUAUCAAUCGGCAAUUACCUCAAGCAUGGAAAAUUUUAGAGCACGUACGUGGAUCCAAUGACGUCGUGAAUAAAUCGAAGGAGUUUCUAGAGGCACAAUUUUUUGACUACGUCGAUAAGCUCUAUAAGCGGAAUCCCAGCGAAGGGCUUCCAACGAACGUGAAUAAAAUUAGGUCUUUCAUCGAUCAUAAAUUGAAAAACCAUAACAAUACGUGGAAAUAUGGGAACUUAACCAUUGUUAACGGGGUGCCCAUUUGGGCGUUUAUAUUCUACCUUUUGCGAGCUGGUUUAGCCCAAGAUGCGCUUGAGGUUGCCGUGGCAAACAAACUGAGCUUCAAGAAAGUGGAACAAUCGUUUUUGACAUAUUUCAAAGCGUACGUCAGCUCUAAGGAUCGCAAACUUCCUAAUGAAUUUGUGAUCCGAUUGCAUACUGAGUAUAAUCAGCAUAUCAAGAAUGCCUUGGAUGGUGAUCCUUUCAGACUUGCAGUUUACAAAAUUAUCGGCCGGUGCGACCUGACGCGGAAAAACAUUUCAUCGAUUACUCUCAGCAUUGAGGACUGGAUUUGGAUUCAUAUAAUGUUGAUCAGAGAGGACAGCUCAGGAAACGGUCCUCUGUAUGAGAAGUAUGACCUGUCAGAUUUUCAAACGAUUGUUACGUCAUAUGGUGCAUCAAUGUUUAGCGGAUCUUACAUUUUGGCUCUCAUGUUAAGUGGGCUAUAUGAACUUGCAAUUCAAAAUGCGAUGUCUAUCAAUGAAAUAGAUGCGGUACAUUUGGCGAUUGGCUUGGCAUAUUACAAAAAGUUGAGUAUAUCGACUUACCAGAACACGAAGCUGUCGGAACUUAUCACCACUGGUGAAGGCAGAACACAAAUAAAUUUUGCCAAGCUUCUUGGCAACUACACGAAGUCUUUCAAGUUUUCUGACCCAAGAAUCGCUGUUGAGUACCUAAUUCUGAUUAACUUAGGUGGAACCAAAGACGCAGCAGCCGUAUGUCACGAAGCAUUAAGAGAGCUUGUUUUGGAGACGAAAGAGUUUACCAUUCUUUUAGGGAAAGUGAACAGAGACGGCACAAGAAUUCCUGGAGUGAUCGAAGAGAGGCAGUCUUUACUUUCGCUGAGCGACGAAAAGGACUUCUUACACAAAAUUACGGAGCAGUCUGCAAGACGUGCGGAUGAAGAUGGAAGAUCUUACGACAGCUUACUUCUGUAUCAGCUGGCCGAUGAAUACGACAUUGUAAUUCGUAUUGUCAACAAACUAUUGAGUGACCUACUCAGCAAUACCGAUUUGGCGCAACCUUUGCUCAAUUUGGAUGACAAUAGUGAGACGAGUCCGGUACUUAUCGCAAAGAAGUUGAUCAACGUUUAUGUCAAUAAUUUGGAGAUCGCACAGAAAAUCUCUCAGAAAAACAAAGAGACAUGCAUCCUGCUUUUGAAGGUAGUGGAUAUAAGACGCGCGUAUUACUCCCAGAACUGGCAAGAGACUCUAGAGAUGAUUGAAGAAAUUGAGUUGAUACCAUUUGUCGAUGAAGUAUCCUCAAGAAGGAAAGCCCAGGAAUUUUCCAAUUUGAGCCCCGAAAUCACGAAAAACAUUCCAAAGCUACUGAUCAUCAGUAUGACAUGUGUCUGCAAGAUAGUGAAAGCAUUAAACCAAAGUGAAUACCAAUCUGCUGCCAAGAUACAACAAGUUGAAGCGCUCAAGCGGCUUGCGAAGAAUUGCAUGAUCUACGCUGGCAUGAUACAGUAUAGGAUGCCACGUGAGACAUACAGCAUCUUAAUUAAUCUAGAGGUACAACUGUAA